AUGUUUAUAAGAGCUUUAUGCUCACCAAUGUUAUUGAGUGCUUUUUCGCAUUUGAAUUUAAUACAUCUCGCACUAAAUAUGUAUGUUUUGUAUUCUUUUGGUGGUGCAAUAAUCGACAGGUUCCUAGGACCAAAUCAAUUUGCAGCAUUUUAUUUAACGUCAGCGGCUGUAUCUUCAUUUACAAGCAUACUCCAUAAAUGUAUUACUCGAUCUCCUAUUCGAGCUCUUGGCGCUAGUGGUGCCAUAUUAGCAUUGUUAAUUUACACUUGCGCUCUUGUUCCGGGGUCACGUUUGCAAUUCGUAUUUCUACCAACAUUCGACUUUUCUGCUCAGUCAGCAAUAAUUGCUUUGAUAUUAUUCGAUUUAGCUGGGAUUUUAUUCAAAUUUCGAUUAUUUGAUCAUGCUGCACAUCUCGGUGGAAGUCUUUUCGGACUGUAUGUUUUUUUUUUACAUACCAAAUUUAUACAUACUUCAGAAAAUUUUCUCCAUUAA